UAUGGAAGGAAGUCUGAGUAUGCAUCAGUUUGUCCCGCAAGUCAAUGUAUCUGGGGGCGAAAAGCAACAGGCUGCAUCCUGGUUGGAGACUGUGGGUUUGUCUGGUACAAUCUCAUUGAUUCUAGUUAUCGAUCAUGUAUAAUUCUUUGUCUAAUCCUCUUUAAAAUGGCAACAAAUCUGUGUCUUCAGUUGCCAGGUCCUCAAUCGCUUUAGAGUUAAAUCAGUUGUAUCAAGCAGUGUUUAAACAACUAGUGCAUUCGUUAGAAAAGGAAUUGUCGACAACUUUGACAAGGAAGUAAACAUUUAAUCAAUCAAUGUGUAUUGAUUAUCUUUUGGUUGUGGGCUGUUGUUCCGAGAUAGUGAAUCAAUUCACCUUGAGUUCUAGGAUGUUAAAAUGGGCAACUAUUUUCAUUACGUAUUAUAUUCUAAACCAUUAUUUUACUCUAUCAAUAGCUAACACCAAAAUUGAAUCGAUUUAGCUUAAGUAAGAAUUUAAGCAAUUCAAUGUGCAGCAGCUGCAAAACCAUAAUCUGAUCUUUAGAAAUAAAGGAGCCAGGAAUGGCAGGGUUGCUAGGCUACCUAGUCCCGAACAUAGGAACCUCUACUCUGCUGCUUUUUUAUUUUUAUAGAAAGCCAGUCGGUGGUACAAUUUUUACAGUUGUAUUUGAUCAACAAGUGUGCAACCCUGCAGCUGUAACCCUAAUGGAAAUGUUGUGUUAUAGGGAGAGAUAUAUGAGACAGGCGUGACCCCAACACCGGUGUCUAUCUGAGUGCUUAUUUUAGGGCCGUCUAUUCGUAGAUCUUCCUCCCCGGUAGUAUCAAGUGACACUGUGCCCUUUCACCCAGACUGAGACUCCGAGGCCCGAGGCUUAUCGAAACUCAUGAAGUAGGGCUGCUUUUUAAACCGAGCCCUCCGUUGUAUCUAUGCACUGCAGCUAAAAGAGCCGGGUUCUUCUCAGUACAGUUCUGCUGCUCACGUAGUAAUCGUGCAAGAGGUUUGCUUCAGCUGUAGUGCUUUUCCCCUCUAUGUAUCCAUCCUAUGUAUGUAAGAGUUUAGGUUUUACAUUCUAGGUAUAUAAGAUAUUAGUUACCGAUUGGAUAUGCAACCAGAAGCCCGAGGGAAACACUAUGCAACAUCUAUAAGUAUAACGUACAACGUAUUACAUGUUCAUUGCUUCUAGACAUGGUUAUUGGGGGAAGUUAAAGUUGGUUAAACAAAAAGGGAUUCAUUUGCCAAGUUCCCAGGUGGGAAGGAACAGUUAGCUGUCACUUUCAAUUCCUUGUUAAAAUAAAUAAAAUGAAAUUUAGUGGCAGGCCAUGCAGAGUUGUGUUGGCUCGGUCGUAGCUCCGGGCCUGUUUACAGCAGUCCAGGCAGGUGGGAGCGGCACAUAGAGCGCAGGAGGAUGCAAAACAGUUUAAGUGAAUUGUGUUCUCACCUGAAGGCUACUAGGAAGCGAAAUAUCAUCCCCUCCUCCUACCACCCUCCUCACUCUCCAUCAUCCCUCGUGUAUCUCUCAAUUCCCUCUCUCAUCCGAUCUGCGUGUUUACUAGAUGGAGUGAUUUCUCUCUCCAUCUGGGGAGAUUAGCUGUCCAAGGCUGUCCUUCUGCAUGCAACAUAUAAGGAUGACAGCGGAGUUGGACUUGCACACUCUUUUGCCCUCCCCACUGUCAAUCUCUCCUCAGUGGAACAAAACAAAAAACCUUUGUAGUAAGAUGUUCUGCGGUGACUGUUAUUACGAUUUGGAAGCGGUGUGUCAGGGCUCAGUCCACUCCAAUGACAGCGUGUCCGACUCCAGCCCUUCUGCACCUGGUGUUCCAAGUCAGGUGGUCCAACCAGUGCAGUCAACCCAACAGGCGGAGCAUGCGUACUCUGGCCAGGUGCAGUACGUGGACGGAGGAGGAGACGUGACUUUCACGACGUCCUCAAUUCGAUCGAGCGACUACCCUUUCUCCGACUCGCCCAUCUACUCCCAGACCCCUCCCACCUCCUCCUCCUACUACGAGACCACGCCCAGCACUGAGGCAGACAUCACUGGCUCUGUGACCUCGCAGUCGGUUUCUGUGGCAACAGGGGGAGCCAAUUGUGGAGGAGGUGGUGCAGGCGCAGGGGGCUAUGUCAUUCAGGGAGGUUACAUGUUAGGAGGAGGAGCAGCGUGUGGUGGAGGGCAGACUUUCUCCAGCCCAAACUCUCGUGCUCCACCUGCCACCGUGCAGUGGCUGUGUGAUAACUAUGAGGGGGCGGAGGGCGUGAGUCUACCCCGCUGCACCCUCUACUACCACUACCUGCUGCACUGCCAGGAGCAGAAACUAGAACCUGUUAAUGCUGCGUCCUUUGGUAAACUCAUCAGGUCUGUCUUCAUGGGGCUUCGUACACGGAGAUUAGGGACUAGAGGAAACUCAAAGUACCACUACUACGGCCUGAGGAUCAAAUCUGGUUCCCCGCUGCUCAGACUGAUGGAUGAACAACAGCACAUGGCGAUGAGGCAGCAGCCUUUCUCACAGAAAAACAGGAUAAAGCCACUUCAUAAGGCACAGGGGAUCACCAAUGGGUCAGGUGGACUGGGUCAGCAGGCGGCGGCCCUCUGUGAUAUCUCGGCGCAGGUGCAACAGUAUCAGCAGUUUCUUGAGCCGUCCAGGCCGCUGCCAGACUUUGUGGACAUCGAUCAGCAACAUGGCACCUUGCCCGACGGGGUCCUUUUAGAACACCUGCACUCCUUCCAGGCUCUGUACAGAGAGCACUGUGAGGCCAUCCUGGACGUGAUGGUCAACCUUCAGUUCACUCUCGUGGAGACACUGUGGAAAUCCUUCUGGCGCUUCAGCCAGAGCAGUGACACGGAAUCAAUCAACCUGCACAACGAGUCCGAGAAGCGUCUGCCCAAGUCGUGCCUGGUGGUGCUGUGUAAGUAUGAGCCGGUGCUGCGCUGGACGAAAGAGUGCGACAACCUGCUCUACCAGACCCUGGUGGAGAUCCUCAUCUCGGAUGUCCUGAGACCCAUCCCUAGUGCCUUAACUCAGGCCAUUCGCAACUUUGCCAAGAGCCUGGAGAAUUGGUUGACAGGCGCCAUGAUGAACAUCCCGGAAGAGAUGGUCCGCAUCAAGGUGGUGUGUGUGGGCUCCUUCUCGCAGACGCUGCGCCGCUAUACCAGCCUUAACCACCUGGCCCAGGCAGCCCGGGCCGUCCUGCAGAACACAGCCCAGAUCAACCAGAUGCUCUCGGACCUCAACCGGGUCGACUUCACCAACGUACAGGAGCAGGCAUCCUGGGUGUGUCAGUGUGAGGACCGCGUGGUACAGCAGCUGGAGCAGGAUUUUAAAACCACCCUGCAGCAGCAGAACUCCCUGGAGCAGUGGGCCACCUGGCUGGACGGCGUCGUCUCCGAGGCCCUCAAGCCCUACGAGCACAACUCCGCCGCCCUGCCGAAGGCAGCCAAGGUCUUCCUGCUCAACUGGUCCUUCUAUAGCUCUAUGGUAAUCCGGGACCUGACUCUGCGCAGCGCCGCCAGCUUCGGCUCCUUUCACCUGAUCCGCUUGCUGUACGAUGAGUACAUGUACUACCUGAUAGAACACAGGGUGGCCCAAGCUAAAGGAGUGACGCCCAUCGCCGUCAUGGGAGAGUUUGCCAGCACCGCCAAGAGCCGGAUCUCUCGGGACCUGGAGAAAGAAGAGGAAGAGGAUGAAGAGGAGGAUGAGAGCGAGGACGAGGGCGGCGACCUCGUGCUGCAGUCCAGCUCUCUGAGUGCGAUGGAUGACGAGAAGGACCCGAUGGAGCCGCCCGCCAAGAUGUCCAGGACGACUUUCAAUCUGCACAGUCUGACCGACAGCACACAACCGUAGCCACUCAUCUGGAGAGUUAUCUCUCGCUCACUCACACACACACGCGCGCACACACACACACACACACACAGACACGCAGACACACCUUUGCUUUGAGUUUAGCACAGCGGUCUUCAACAGGGGGUCCGCGACCCCCAGGGGGUCCGCGGAGGUACUGCAGGGGGUCAACCAAUUUUCUUUCCACGAAUAAAUGUCUUGAGAAUCAGAAUUGUAUUUAUCGUCUUUAAAUACACAUUAACAUGAAUUCAACAUAUUGUAGAAACGGAUAAAUUGAUGGAGGAGACGUUGUCUUUCAGUCCCACAGCAGCUCUCAAGCUGAUACGACAUCACAGCCAAUCAGAUCCAUUCAUGCUCACGUCUAAAGAGGGCGGAGCGCAAAGAUAAAAGAUGGAGGACCAAACUCUGUAGAACAGGGGGUCCCUGCUGCAUCUCGCCAUCAGUCUGGGGGUCCUUAGCCGGAAAAAGAUUGAAGACCCCUGGUUUAGCAUCUUGCCAUCCCAUCCAGUCGCCCCCCGCAUUGCGCUUCGGGUUUUGCAAAUAGCCGAUGUUUGGUGUUGAGCGUGUUGUGCUCCGGUGGUUCUUUAAUCGUGAAAAUUUGAAUGAGCCCUUUGCCAAUUAUGUAUUUAUGUACUUGUACUGCCGCCAUUCUUUUUCUCUUUGCCUUCUCCUGGUGUUUUACUGCCCUUCCCUCGUUCCCUGUGCCUUCCCUGUUCAUGCAGUGGCCUGUUGAUGCCCCUCCUGUUCUGCAUCAACUAUAUUGUCUUGAUUCGCUCCUGCCCCGCCUUAACCACUGAGCGCUGUGGAAAGUGUUCUUUGUUGUACUCUAAAAUAUCUCCCACCUUGCCUUUAAAGCUGCGACUAUGCAGGGAAGCUGGACUUUAAAGAACAGAACUGUGUGAAUAACACAUUUAUUUUAUCUCAGAGUAGCAUCUGGAAUGAUACUGCAUUAUGAAUUUUGUUGGGAGAUGGAUGUUGAUCAACAGCUAUGUGUGGUUGUCAUAUUUUAUUUCCUAUUUUAUGGCCAAUUAACGGAUACCUUGUGCCUUUGAGAGAUUUUUAAAUGGAAAAAAGCUUGUAUUCUAUAUAUUCUGUAUCAGUGGACUAAUAAAUGACGGUCCUGUGAA